UUUAAUCACCAGACAUCUGUAAAGCAACCUGCUCAAAGAGGACAAAGAGACUGGGAUAGUUUUACUUGCAAGGAGAGUGAUUGAAGUCUGCUCAGUAACAACCUCCAAAUCAACUCUGAAAAAGCCUUCACUCUCUUGCCUUUUAUUUAGGAAUUCCCUAGGUCACAGGAGGUCUCAACUGCUACGGGGGAAGGGUGUCCUGACUAUCCAGUUGAGACCAUUUAAAAACAAACCACUAUCUUUAUCAUACACGCAUUCUUCUGCUUGUGGUUGACUGCUUGAGCAAUCAACUGUCCCCUUCUGCUGAUGCCACAUCCUGCAAUAAAAGCAAGUCAUGCAUACAUACACAGAGAACAAAGCUAUACCUAUCUUACCAACUUGUAGCUAGAAAGGCAAACAGUUAGACCAGCAAAUUGGAUAAUUUAUCUACAACAGUUCCAACAUUUCCCUCCUGUUUAUCCAGUUUGCACUAAAUAGGUUAUCAUUUAAUGACCUCUUCUAAAACGAUUUUCAGUCAUGAAAUCAUUACUUUAGCACAGCAUGUUACACUCAGAGGGGGGACUCAUAGUCUCCUGGAUCUGGGAACAAGUCUGGUAGAUUGAGAAAGCUAUCUUCUCGGUCGUCAUCGCCUUUUUCAUCUGCUUAGGGCAAGAGUGCAUAUAAUCCUGACACUUCUUGCUUAAUUGGUUGGAUAGCAGUGUAUCCUCUUGCCCAACGUCAACUGGGAUAGAUAAGUGACACAGGAAAAAGACGAAUGGAUGUCCAGGUGUCUUAAAGUCUUUGUCUUCAACUUUUGUGGUAGAUGUUUUCCGUAUGACAUCAACGAUGUGGUGAACUUGAUGUGUAUGAUUUGAGAUGUUAGAUUGCCGAAUCAUGUCGAAGUCCUUGUGCCUCUGUUGAUGGUUUGCUGUUGUUCUAUCGUGUUGUGUUCAAUCAGUCAGUCAGUCAGCCAAUCCUCUUGAUUGUAGCACUUGUUCUUAGGCUGCAGGAGCUUGCGGUGCAAACUCGUGGACUCCAUCCAAACACGCAGUUGAGAAGGUUGAGUGCGUCAUGGACAUUUCUUCCAUUCUGGUUGUCGUUGUAGUCCUCUAGUGUUCAGGUAGUGUCUUUCUGCCUUGACCGAUCUGUGUGCAGGUCUCUCAUUUGACCACGCUGACAGUGGAGUCUUCCCUCUGCUGGAACUCCAACACGUCCUCUCCAUGCCCGCCAGGGCCAACAGAUGUCAGGUCACUCGACACCCACCAAGAACAUAGAAAGAAAUUAAUGAGCAACACAACAUUUUACAUCUACUUCAUACAUGUCAGAUGUGUUCUCUACACAUGACUAAUCUCGAGAGCAGUAGGCAACCAUCAUGUAGUGUCUGACUGAAUACCAACACUUUGUUCAUAUUUUGGUCAUUGACGUCGAUUGUAAAUGAGCCUUAAAAUUUUCUAAUCGUCAGGAGAAAGCCCGCGUAAGCAUGAGGAGAACAUGAAACUCCACACAGAAAGGUUCUCAAACCUUCUUGCUGUGAGACAGCAGUGCUAAUCACUCUGCCAUCAUGCCACCAAUAUCUAUUUUAACUUUAAUUUUUUAACAUCCAGCUCUGCAUUUAAGUUUUUGCCAAACAACACAAGGUUUCACUGAAUUUAAACCAACACACCAUCUGGUCUGAAUUUGCAUUAAGAUGGACAUUGUCACACUGUAGUAGUGUUCCUUGCUCACAGCUGGAAAUUUGGGUUUCAAUCAACCAUUUGCUCUCAUUAGCGUGACCAUUGGCACUAUGGAAGGCAAAGUACCAAAUACUAUAAUAUAGUCAAGAAAAAACAAGAUACAGUAACUUACCAAAGUCUUCAGCGUGUUGUACAAUCCAUGGAGUGUCAUUACUACUGCUGAUCACUGAUCAUUAUCAACCUCUAAUGUUAGAACUCAUACCUACCUUUGUUUCACUCACUUUGGUUUUGGAGAAAACAAUUUUAGCAAAAAAUAUAUCAUGUCCAAUUGUUAACCAUGAUUAUUCAACAAAAUGAUAUUCUCCCCCCCAUUUGACACAUGUAUUUCCCAUGUGUCAACUUUUAAAAGUAUUGCCAGUUCCCUGUAAAAUCAAAUGGUGGUUAUCUUUUUAUACAUCUGCAAACAGUAAUCUGUGAAGCUGGACAACAUCAAACAAAGUUCAACAAUUCAAACUCUGGAUCCUGAAGAAGAGUCCUGUGGAACAAACUGAAGUUAAAAUGAUGACACACCCUGUCAGGUGUGUGAAUGACUUCAAGUGUUACAGUGUUAAUGUUAGUACAUGUUAGUACUGUUAAACAGUUUUAAACAAAAAGAUGUCAUGUUUCGGCCACAUGACAUUUGUCUUCUCCUCCUCCAGGAGAACGUGCUUUCCUAAUGUGGAACAAUGAAGGUUAGGUUGGAAUAUAUCAUGGUAGUUGAUGUAUUCCCACAACACAAUAACAACCCUAAAAGAACACUCACAUUUAAUUUUCAGUCAAUUUAAAUUUUUGUCCCAGUCCACUGUCCCCCUGAAGAACCCUGCUGUCGGUGUGUCGCACUCAUAGUCGUCAUGUCAGGAUGUCAUUUGCAACAUUUAAAAGGUCCAAAUUCCUUUGAAAGUCGGAUUGUCCUAAUUUACAAGGCCUUUUAUGUAAUAGCUAAUUUUUAGAUGGUUCUGCAUACCCUAAAUGAACUAUCUACAUUUUAGCAGAUUUAAUUUAUGCCUAUUGAUGCUAAAAGAGCAGAACAACCUAAUAUGUUCUUUGCAUGCGUCUAUUAGUAAACUAAUCAUUGGGUUUGUUCUGUAUUGCAAUACAUUUGUUUCCUUUUUCCAAAGUGAUGGUCAGAGAUGGCUUCAGCCUCACAUUCACUCUCACACAGACAAACAAGACAACACAACAAUGAAAAACCAGCUGGACAGUCCUUUCUGAGUGUAUUUUUGCCGAAAACACUUUUCAAAAAAUCCAAUUCAGGACUGUAAUAAAUUAGCAAAUUGUUGGUGCAUUCCCAAUCGAAUGUAGAAUAGCAUGCUUGUACAAAAAGGCCCACAUUAUUCCAUUUGUCACUGUGUCUCUUUUAGAUAGAGACCCAUGAGGAAUGGAAUCAUUGACGUCAAAAAAAACGGUACCUGAAUAACCCAAAUGUGCAUCAAGGCAGCACUUAUGCCCAGAACAAAAUAUUUGUGAGAUAAAUAUUCCCUAAGCAGCUAUCCCUAUGUCAAUAUAUUUUAUCAAAUUUCUCAUCACCAUAGAAAGGUAUGAUGUGCAUUGAAGACCUUGCAGAGCAUCAUUUUGCAUUAAUUGUGUGUGCGUGUGUGUAUGCGUGCGUGUGAAAGUACAUCCUUAACCUCCUCCACCAGUUGAGCACUCAUGUCACCAGUUUGCAUGUUCCUUUGAUAUGCAUACAGCUGAUUGGCAUCUUGCUUCACCAAAGUGUGAACAUCAGGGUCAGUAAACGUCUUCAGAACUCCUCAGUCGUCAGGGAAAGUGGGACAACUUCACUAAACACAAGCAGGGCUGUUAUGGCCUCCCCACACGCCUUCCUUACACCAUUGUCCCACUCAUGGUCUCCACCGUCAGUCACAGGAUACUUGCUAAGCAUCCGUUUGGAUACGAGUGACUGCAUGUCUGGAAGGGAUCGUUUGUAGUUAGAACACAGCUCAUGUGUUGGAUCUUCUUCAGGUCUUGGUGAAGAUGAAACUGGACAUAAUGGCAUGGCUGAUGAUAUUGGACUCAUCGUGCCUGUUGUUGUAUCAGGAUGUUGUUGUCAGGUUGUUGGCAGAGCAAGGGUGGAGGUGUGCGAUCAAGAUCAUGGUCCACUCUGAGACACUGAGGCACUGUAGGAGAAAGAGAAGGAAGACCUAUUCUGAGAAGUCUUGUCUGUUCUUUUCAUGUCAGUGUGUGUUGCAGAUCUUCAUCAUCUAUGUAACGAUCAUCAUUGCAAGUCUUAGCUGCAAGCCGUGCUCUCUGCCCUCAAUGGUUUUUAGCCUUUUUCAUUUUUUUUUUCAAACAGUCCAUGUCCUAAACAAAAUUCUUGAAUGCUCUUUGAUUUUCUCUCAAAUGAUAUUUUUUUUUCUUUUAAACAAUGCAAUGUGAUGUUUUCCCUUAUCACAAUUUUUCCCAACAAAAAUCUCACUUAUUUUUUUUUGUUCUAUUUUGUUUAACUCACUUUCCCUUGUUCUCAAAAGUUCCCCAUAUUAGUGUUUUUUUAUGCAUGCUUUCCUCAUUUUUUUUCCUUUUUGCUGUCUCUCCUUCUCCUGUUUUUUUCUUCUCUUCUCUCUCCUGCCUUGCCCUUCUUUCACCUUCCUCUCGCUGUCCUGCUAUUUUCAUCCAGACUCGUGUCUGCUCAUAACCUUCCUUUUUCAUUUUCUUCUCGUUUUGCUUACAUUUCUUUUUUAUGUUUUGUUGUAACUCCCUAAUACAUCCCGUAGAUAAUUUUCCGUUGAAUUCGUACUGUUUUAUCCAAUAAUAUAGGGGGUCUACUGCUUUUUCAACUACCUUCCAAUCCUUACACGGGAGUUCUUCAAGGACCUUUGUUUUUCUUUACCUUGUCCCUUCCCCAUUUUGAACUAAAUUUGGACCCAGUGGUUCUUAACACCUGUCGUGUUCUAACACUGGGGUUAUUUUCAACAAGAUGGUGAUCAACAACCUUUUGUGGUAAAAUUCUCUUCAACCUUUUCAGGUGGAAUUUUCUUGCCUACAAGCAUCCACAAAGGCUCACCAUUUGUUUCUUGUUGGCUUGGUAUAAAAUACAGUUACCUAGUGGUAAUUGUAUUUUCAUUCAUACAUUCACACUUUCACACUUCGCGCGUCUCGUUUUUCCAGACUAGAGGACUCCGCCGUCCUUCACAGAAUUUAACGUAGUUUAUUUCAACUAGAGGAGUCUGUCCUCCCACGGAAUUUAACUGUCUGACCUGAUGGAGUCUAGAACUGUCAGGGUUUGGUACACUUACUUUUUCAGCACAGAGGACUCCGCCGUCCUGUGUAGAAUUUAACUAGUCUGUUUCAACUAGGGGCGUCUACCCACCUACGGAAUUUAACUGUCUGACCUGCAGGGUUUGUCUAUUUUACACAUACUUUUUCAGCACAGAGGACUCCGCCGUCCUGUGUAGAAUUUAACUAGUCUGUUUCAACUAGGGGCGUCCACCCACCUACGGAAUUUAACUGUCUGACCUGCAGGAUUUGUCUAUUCACACAUUCAUUCCUUUUAAACAAAAUUUGUACUCACAGUCUCUUUGUCCUUGGAUUUCCCGUCAACCGUCGGAUCCCAGCCCGAGAGGGAGGAACCAGUCCCGGAAAGGGGCUUUUUGCCGUGGCCACGGACUUGUCUGGGAUCUCACUCACACGCUGGAAUCGUCAGGUAUCUUGGAUUCCGGCUCGAAGGACCAUGUAAAUGUCAGGUUUAAUCACCAGACAUCUGUAAAGCAACCUGCUCAAAGAGGACAAAGAGACUGGGAUAGUUUUACUUGCAAGGAGAGUGAUUGAAGUCUGCUCAGUAACAACCUCCAAAUCAACUCUGAAAAAGCCUUCACUCUCUUGCCUUUUAUUUAGGAAUUCCCUAGGUCACAGGAGGUCUCAACUGCUACGGGGGAAGGGUGUCCUGACUAUCCAGUUGAGACCAUUUAAAAACAAACCACUAUCUUUAUCAUACACGCAUUCUUCUGCUUGUGGUUGACUGCUUGAGCAAUCAACUGUCCCCUUCUGCUGAUGCCACAUCCUGCAAUAAAAGCAAGUCAUGCAUACAUACACAGAGAACAAAGCUAUACCUAUCUUACCAACUUGUAGCUAGAAAGGCAAACAGUUAGACCAGCAAAUUGGAUAAUUUAUCUACAACAGUUCCAACAGCUUGGCACAAUUUGCUUCGGAAUACCGCAUCAUUAGCAAAAACGAAAGGUCGGCAUCCAAAAUAGAACUUAAAAACAGCUACGGACAUGUGACAAAACGUACACGAACCAAACCUGCCGUAGUACGCUCUGCGCACUUUUCACAAACAAAAACCCAGAGUUGUAUUAUCGUAGCCUUUUGCAGUUGUAUCUGCCAUACCGGGUGGAUUUGCAGUUAAGACCUGCCAACUGCCCAACAUUUGAAGAGUUUUAUGACAAUGGUGCGGUCCGAUUAAAUGAUGGGUCGAUGCAUUCUGUUCGAUCCAUAGUGGAUACAAAUAAACAACAUUUCGACAACGACGGGGAUGAACUGGACAGCAUCCAAAGAUCUAUUGAUCACAGCGGUGUUGCUGAGGAUGCGUGGUGUCUGCUGUGUCCAGAACAAGAAUUGGAAAGGCUACAAUGCGAAGAAGAACAUCGGAAAAAAACAGCAGUUGGUCGAAGAAGAGGCAGAAGUAAUACCUGACUUGAAAACAGAACCGCUCUAAACUUACUAAAGUCAAUGAGUCGAAAUGAUGGCUUGGCAUUAAUCCGCUCCCUAAAUAAUACUCAAAUGGACAUUUUUUACAAAAUUAGACAGUGGUGCCUUGAUAAAGUAGGUGGGAGAAAACCCGAGCCAUUACAUUUAUUCAUCACAGGUGGUGCCGGGACAGGAAAAAGCCACCUAAUUAAAGCCAUCCAAUAUGAGGCUACCAGGUUGUUGUCAACAAUGUGUCGGCAACCGGACAAUAUUUCUGUCUGUCUAGCUGCACCAACAGGGAUUGCUGCUUACAAUUUGAAUGCCACAACCAUCCACAGCACCUUGAGCAUUGGCAAGGAUACCCGUUUGCCUUACACACCACUAGGUGAGGAAACUGUGAAUUCCUUGCGUGCCAAGUUCGCGGACCUCCAAAUUUUGAUAAUCGAUGAAAUAUCAAUUGUUGAUCACAAGUUGUUGACAUACAUUCAUGGUGGUAGGUUGCGACAAAUUAAGCAAACCGGUGACUAUGCUGCAUUUGUCAACGUCAGCAUCAUCGCCGUCGGUGAUUUCUACCAGUUACCGCCAGUCAAAGGAAAGCCUCUCUAUGUCAAAGACGCCACUUUCAACUUGUGGACAAAGCUUUUCCGUGUGGUCGAACUGACAACGAUAGUCCGUCAAAAAGAUAAUCAAUUUGCAGCAUUGCUAAAUAGACUCCGCAAACAUCCGAAAGGCGCGGCGUUGUUGGAAACAGACAUAGAACUUCUGAAACAGCGCGAAACGGGUGAGGUCAGCUCCGCGUUACAUGUGUUUCCAACCAAUCAACAAGUAAACGAGUACAACCUAAAAUCAGCUUUUCAGGAUCUGUACACAAUAAUAAAAGCUCAGGAUUACAGCCAAAACAAAAAAUCCGGUAAAUUAGAAAGAAAAGUAGGGCACCACAGCAAAGUUUACAACACGUGUUUAGAGGAAACUCUGGACAUCGCUAAAGAUGCUCGUGUAAUGCUUUGCAAACACAUUGAUAUUGAGGACGGCUUAGUUAACAGGGUUUGUGGCACCGUCUCUGACAUUCUUUUCCAGCAGGAUGACACAUUUCACAGUAGGAUCUAUGUAAAAUUUGAUGAUGCCCAAGUAGGUAAACAAAGGCACGCACAAACUACUAAUGAGUCCGUCACGCUAAAAGACAGUACAUUUAUUCUGCCAAAGGAAGAAAAGGUAACUAAAAGUGGUGGCAUGCGUCACCAGUUCCCUCUGAAGCUCGCUUGGGCUUGCACGGUGCAUAAAGUCCAGGGUGUUACCGUGAGCAAUGCAGUUGUGUGUCUGGACAGGGUGUUCUCCGCAGGGCAGGCAUAUGUAGCCUUGAGUCGGGUCACAGGUUUAACUGGUUUGAUUAUUCAGGACUUUGAUGCAGCAAAAAUAUACUGUAAUAAUGCCAUUAAGGAUGCUGUAGGAAGGAUGUCACCAUUUUUGAGCAAAAAUGUACCACCACAACAUGUGCAACCACAAUUCACGAUUUAUUUGAUGAAUGUCCAAAAUUUGACAAAACAUGCGUCAGAUUUGGCAGCAUGUACACAGCACCUGCAGCCUAACUGCAUCGCUGUGACAGAAACGUGGCUGCCAACGGCAUGUACACCCAGCAGUGUAACCAUUCCUGGGUAUCAUUUCCAUAGCCAACCACGAUGUUUGUCUUACUCCAGCAGUAACCCUGCUUUGGUAGAAUUACAAGGGCAACAGCAUGGCGGAGUUGGCAUGUACAUUGCAGACCACCUGCACUGUAGUGUUGUCUCCGCCCCAAACUUCAACUUGGAAGUUUUACUGGUGAACUGCUCCGCACCCAGUGUGUUAAUAGCAGUUGUGUAUCGACCACCCUCCUAUCCAAUGGCGUUGUUUCAAGGUCACCUUGGCACGCUGCUGGAUUGGUUGCACCAGAAGUACACCAGCGUUGUCGUACUGGGAGAUUUUAAUGAAAAUUUGUUAAAAUCUUCCACUAUCAGCACAUGGCUAGGAAAGGGUUCUGCCAGUCAGUCAAACAUCCAACCACAGAAAAGGGUACACUAAUUGACCAUGUUUAUGUCAAAACAUCACACUUUGAUGUAGAAUCGGUUGUGAUGCCCACUUAUUUCAGUAACCAUGAAGGGAUUUUGUGCUCUUUUAAACACCAAAUUUAAAAUGCACACACACACUCCACUUCAGCAUCUUAUAGUGUGUAAAAUAGGUUCAGGUUCGACCAGUGGACAAUUUACAAUCCACGAGUUUACUUGCCCACGAGAACGGUGGAUUGUAUUUGUCAAUCACUGAAUAAAAGUGAAACCACUGGCCAAAAUUAAGAUCCCAGUUUCUGUUUAGGAUGGUAACUAUUUUCCUUAUUUGUCAAACCAGAAAAUUAACAUUGUACAUAUUGUAAACAUGUACAUUUUGUGAACAUGUACAUAUUGUAAACAUGUACAUAUUGUAAAUAUGUAAAUAUUGUAACCUCUGCAUAUAUUUUAAAUAGUAUACAUAUUGUAAAAAUGUAUAUAUGUAUAUAUGUAAAUAGUACCUGAUGAAAUGAUCCCAGCGCUGCCUCACUCACCUGUCCUCUUGUCUUGGUAGUUACCGCCUGUCUGCCUUAAAAUUAAAUACUAAAGGGAUUCAAACCUUUUUGAACACAAAGAGUUGAUAUUUUUCUAACCAGAUUGUAUUAGUCAAUCACUGGCGCAAAAUUCAACCACUGCCCAAAAUUAAGAUUCAAAGGGAUUAAAACUAAGACUUUUCUGAAGACAUAGUUGGUAUUUUUCUUACCAGUGGACAAUUUACAAUCCACAAGUUUACUCAACCACAAGAACGGUGGAUUGUGUUUGUCAAUCACUGAUGAAAAAAUACGUUUUUUCAGACACGGUAAUGAAGACAAUGAGGGCAAUGUAAAUAUGUAAAAAUGUAAAUAUGUGAAUACUGUGAAUGUAUAUUGUGAUGUAUAUUGUGACUAACCUCUGCUCUUGUCUUUCUAGUUGCCGCCUGUCUUCAGUUCCACGCACAUCAUCUUUAUAUUAACAUAGUAGCAGUAGAAUAGCAUAGAAGUAAAACUAAUCCCAUAAGUGCAUCAUACCAACUAUUAUAAUAGCAAUGUAGUCGUUUGCAUGCAUGUGAGUUUUCAUCAACAGGACAAGACCCCUCUGACGGUGUGAGUGUCCUCUGACAACUGCUGCAUGUGGUAAGAUAUGGAGCUGUUUUCACUAUUCAUAUUGGUCAAAUUCUGUUCAUGUGUGAAACACUUGACUUUUUGCCACUUGACAUUAUACUCAUGUGAUUUCUCCCGAUACGUAAACCGGGCUCCAGACCACAAGUUAAACUUUGUUUAGUAAAUAAAAUACAUCUUGAAAUGUUGCCAGUCACAUAAAACAUUUUCUUUUUGACCAAGUAGCUUUAAUUAGCUGGAAGUUGGAAACACCUCCACUAUGCUAAAUGGGACACAGAAUCUUACAUGAGUUUAUGUUCUGCAGGGGAAAAAUGUUAACCUGUUAACCAAAAUGUAUGGGGGCCUUGUGCUUGUGCUACUAAAAUUAUACAUAGAAUGCCAUGGUACUGGUCAUCGUGGGACUGCAACUGCUGAUCCUUUCCUCCACCCAUUCUUAACCCUCUGUCCUUUCUUCACCACUGUCUACCUACCAUCUCUCCGUCAUCCCUCUCAACCCAACCGGUCGAGACAGAAGGCCGCCCCAUAGAGCCUGGGUUCUGUCCAAGGUUUCUCAAAGAGUUUUUCCUUGCCUCCGUUGCCAAGUGCUUGUUUGUGUGGGGUUCAGUUGGUUCCCUUUCUCGAGCCUGUGAUUCUAGAUAACUUCCAUAUGAUGAUUUGUAUUGACACUAUAUGAAAUAAAUUGGCUUGACAUAACUGCUUUUGUCAUAUCUGCAUGUUUAGUACAUAACCCCACACGUGUUCAUUCAUAGUUUAGACAAUCUACAAUGUCAACUCAGUCUCUGCUGCUAUCCUGCAAAACACUCCACCCACUUGACCCUGGGUGGACCACAGAGAUGCUUCACAGACCAAGGACCCAACCAGCAAUCGUGAUCGAGUCCACCAUCAUGGCACACAGGCUGCCCGCUAACCAACAUUCAUAAUCCAGUCCACCAGCACAGCAUACUGGCUGCCCACUGAUAAAUUAGUGAAAAUAGAAAUGAUACAAAAUGCAAUAAUUUGUAUAUUCCAUAGCUUUCUGGCUACUUCGAUAUGUGUCACCUCCCCAAAUAAAAGUAAGUAACCGUAAGAUAAAUUGUAGGAUCACACUUGCUCCAACCCACUAACAACUGUUGUCUUGAGGAAAAAACACCUUAUUGCCACUUUAAUCCCCACUAAUUUAAUAAAUAGGUGGACACCACUCCUUAAGGGGAUUGGUUUUUACUGUACAUGUAAGUUACAUACUUCUCUCAUGCACACACCAACAAUUAUGAAAAAUGUCAUGUCCAAUUUAUUAACUACAUAUAGUAUCCAGACCUCUUUGAUGCAAAUGUGCGCUGUUAAAGUAAUUAUUAAAAAAUUACAUUUGUGUGUAUUUAUACUUGCAAUGUAAAAUUGAUGUUGAUGAAAAAUUGACUGUAAAUGGUUGUCUAUAUGUGCCCUGCCAUGGGCUGGGACCAGUCCAGGAUGUACCCCACCUCUCAUCGAAAUAUAGCUGGGAUAUAGAUUUGUCCAUAAUUGACUGUGUCGCAGGGUGUUAUGACAUAUAUUGACAACUCUGCUUCACCGUCGCCGCGUCAGGGCCGGACGCCGCCUGCUUCUAGACUUUCUGCCGGAGCCCAGGUUCUACACCCAGGGCGCCCCCCUGAGGAUGCCUACCUCGCGCUUGGUCAAGGGGGCCCGCCGGAGGGUGUUUACCACGACUGCCGACCCAACCAUUCCCUCCAUCACUUGGAGGGGUCUUGCUGGCCUGCCGCCCCGGCCGACUCCCUGAGGGGUCCGUCGGCGACCCACCUCCGGUCCCCCACCACCCAUCGCUCUGACUUUGAACUGUUUCGGACGUCUGGGAUCCGUCCUUGAGGGGGUGUACUGUCACGCUCUGUGUGGGUUUGCACGUGACAUGUUGAGUUUGGGUUACCUUCUUGGGCUUUGGUUUCCGUUUUGGACACUUAUUUUGUAUUGGACUUCCUGUUUUGCCUCGUCUGCCUUCGUUGCCAUGGCCACCCACACCUGUCCCUAAUUUGUCCUCUAUUUAGUUCAGGUGUGCGCUUCACCCUUUGUGGGAUCAUUGUUAGUUUGUCCGUCAGCUAGUUGAGUUGUGUUUUCUUCUGCUGCUAUUAUAGCUAAAAUAAAUAUUA